CACAGGUCUCUACAAGUUGGUGCCUAAGAAGAUGAUAAUCACAGAAAUGAGUCACUUCUACAUGGCUAGCCUUGGGCUUCUCUUCCUGGUUAAUAUUCUCCCUGGAACAACUGGCCAAGGGGAGUCAAGACGACAAGAACCUGGGGACUUUGUGAAGCAGGAUAUUGGCGGACUCUCUCCUAAGCAUGCUCCAGAUAUUCCUGAUGACAGCACUGACAACAUCACUAUCUUCACCAGAAUCUUGGAUCGUCUUCUGGAUGGCUAUGACAACCGGCUGCGACCUGGGCUUGGAGAUGCAGUGACUGAAGUGAAGACUGACAUCUACGUGACCAGUUUUGGCCCUGUGUCAGACACUGACAUGGAGUACACCAUUGAUGUAUUUUUUCGACAGACAUGGCAUGAUGAAAGACUGAAAUUUGAUGGACCCAUGAAGAUCCUUCCACUGAACAAUCUCCUGGCUAGUAAGAUCUGGACCCCUGACACCUUCUUCCACAAUGGCAAGAAAUCAGUGGCCCAUAACAUGACCACACCUAACAAGCUUCUCAGGCUGGUGGACAAUGGAACCCUCCUCUACACAAUGAGGUUAACAAUUCAUGCUGAGUGUCCCAUGCAUUUGGAAGAUUUUCCUAUGGAUGUGCAUGCCUGCCCACUGAAGUUUGGAAGCUAUGCCUAUACAACCGCUGAAGUGGUUUAUUCUUGGACUCUUGGAAAGAACAAAUCUGUGGAAGUGGCACAGGAUGGCUCUCGCCUGAAUCAGUAUGACCUCCUGGGCCAUGUUGUUGGGACAGAGAUAAUCCGGUCUAGUACAGGAGAAUAUGUCGUCAUGACAACCCAUUUCCAUCUCAAGCGAAAAAUUGGCUACUUUGUGAUCCAGACCUACUUGCCAUGUAUCAUGACUGUCAUUCUGUCACAAGUGUCUUUCUGGCUCAACAGAGAGUCUGUCCCUGCCCGCACGGUCUUUGGUGUCACCACUGUUCUCACCAUGACCACCUUGAGUAUCAGUGCCAGAAACUCCUUACCUAAAGUGGCAUACGCGACGGCCAUGGAUUGGUUCAUAGCCGUCUGUUAUGCCUUUGUAUUUUCUGCGCUGAUUGAAUUUGCCACUGUCAACUACUUCACCAAGCGGAGUUGGGCUUGGGAAGGCAAGAAGGUGCCAGAGGCCUUGGAGAUGAAGGUGAGAUACAGCAAGGAUGGGGGCUGGGAAGCACUCCCUGAGAGAACUGUAUUGGAACCGGGAGUGGGCAGCCUGCAGCCUAUGGGAACUGGCCAGGGCUGUGUGCUAUUCACUGGGGUCAUCAAUCCAAUUCUCAACUGGAGUGCUUCUUGGCAAUGUGGAGUGUUUUCUGGGGGCAAAAAAAGAGGGAGAUGUGCCACUUGAUGGUUGAAGCCUUUUGGAGUUAUUUCUCGGGUAACCAAAAAGUGUCUCGCGCCUAUAGAGAGCAGCACAGUGCACCCCUGGAUAAAAGUCAGGACCCCAGGUGGCUAGUGUGGGCUCUGCCACUCAGUCUGAGGCUGAGUUUUCUUGUCUGUCAAAUAGAGUAAUCUCACGUACCUACCUCAUAGGGUUACUGUGAGGAUCAAAUCACAUGAUUUUAUAGGACCCUUCAUGUGACCAACAUUUCACAGUUUUCCAGUGAUUUCUAUUACCAUUCUCUCAUCUGAUCCUCUCAACAACACUGCCAAAUAUUUUAAUCUUCAUUUUUCAGAUGAAGAAACUAAAGCUCAAAGAGGAGAAGUGACUUGGCCAAAGCCACAUAGCUAGUAAACCAGGAUGAUGCAAGUUUUCUGUUUUCAAACUCAUCUUCAAUUAUCCCCAGACGCAAACCUGGCUACUCAGUGCUAUUGGCUUCAUGGCCACUGUUCCUUAACUUCCCUCAUGGUUCCUCCUCCCCACAGCCUCUGAAGGUGCUCUGUGUAAUGAAUUAAUUAGCUUUUGUUUUGU